AUUUUUUUUCAGAAAAAAAAGGACAAUUUACGUUAAUGUCGUCUGCUGGAUUUUCUCCUGCCAAAUUUGUUUUGUUUUGGUUUCCGACGACUCUAAGCAUUGAAGUGUUCGCUCCGACCUUUCGCCUUUCGUGGCUGAAGAGAAAAACAAACAAACAACAGAUUAUGGGUUACAAGUUAAUAACGUUUGAUUUCACGGGGACGCUGAUGCGGUUUCGAAAACCACCGACCGUCCAGUAUGAAAAUAUAGCCCGUCUGUAUGGAAUUGAAAUAAAGAAUAAAAAAGCUUUUCAUGACAAUUUUAAAAAAGCAUUCAAAACUGUCAAUGAAGUUCAUCCAAAUUUUGGAGCCAGCACCAAUCUACAUUGGACUGAGUGGUGGUUAAAUGUUGUGAAGCGUACAUUUAUCAGUGCUGGGAUUCAUGAUAGCCCAAAUUUAGAUGCUACAUCAUGGCAUCUCAUUAAAUUAUAUGGUACUACUGCAGGGUGGGAAGUUGUGCCAGGUGUAGAAAGAGUGCUACAAUCUUUAAAACAGAAGGAUAAAAAGAUUGGCAUAAUUUCCAACAUGGACCCAAGAUUAGAAAAUAUCCUAAAGGAAGCCGGAUUGCGACACUAUUUUGAAUUUGUUUUACCAUCCUAUGAAGUCAAAUGUGUUAAACCUCAGUCUGAUAUUUUCAGACUUGCAUUGGAAAGGUAUAGCUUGCUUUGUAAAGAAAACACCAAACCAGAAGAGUGUUGUCACAUUGGUGACAGCUAUAAUGAGGACUAUUUGGGAGCAGUACAAUCUGGGUGGAAUGCUAUCCUAGUAAACAAGUUUUCCAACUCUCUCAAUUCAAGUAACUGGUGUGCUAAUUUUGAAGAAUUUCACGACCGAUUACUUGAUAGUCUUAUCAAUAAAAAAUAGUUCAGAAUGGUAAUUGUGGAUAUAUCUAAUUAGCAGUUUGACUGAAGUAGACUUACAUAUUCACACCUUUUUCAAAAGUUGGAUUUUCCAAACAAAUAACAUUUUUGCACAUUCUAAAUCACUGUAACUUUAAGUAAUUACAAAGAGUGAUAGUUAUUUAA